AUGCAGACCUUUGGUAUGAAAAAUAAAAACAAAUCCGCCAAGGUCCAGAAACAGGUAGCCCAGAUCCAAGCACAGCAAGCGCAAGCCGGUAAAUCGCGGGCUCAGCUGGAAAAGGAGAAGGAGAAAGCGCUGAGGGAGAAGGAGAAAUUCGAGGCAGAGAAGAAGAAGAAAGAGGAGGCGGCGCUGCUCAAGCCCGUGCAGACGCAGAAGGUGCCGUUCGGCGUGGACCCGAAGACAGUGCUGUGUGUGUUCUAUAAGGCUGGGAACUGCGAGAAGGGGAGCAAGUGUAAGUUCAGCCAUGAUAUGAACGUGGAGAGGAAGGUCGAGAAGAGGAAUGUGUAUGCGGAUACGAGAGAGGACAAGGCGAAGGAUACGAUGGACACAUGGGACGAAGAGAAGCUUCGUAGCGUUGUGUUAUCAAAACAUGGCAAUCCACGGACAACGACAGACAUCGUAUGCAAGUACUUCAUCGAGGCCAUCGAAUCUGGAAAGUUCGGUUGGUUCUGGGAAUGUCCAAAUGGUGGCGAGAACUGCCAAUAUCGGCACGCCCUCCCACCAGGCUUCGUCCUCAAAUCGCAGAAGAAGCGUGAAGAGGACGCUGCCAAAGCAGCGGAGAUCAGUCUUGAGGAAUUCUUGGAAGUCGAGCGGCACAAACUGGGCAGCAACCUAACGCCAGUGACGCCAGAGACGUUCGCCAAGUGGAAACAGACUCGGAUGGACAAGAAGCAAGCAGAGGAGGAGGCCAUCCGCAAGGCAAAGAGCACCGCCGCGGCAGCCGGGAAGAACACGGGAAUGAGCGGCAGAGAUCUUUUCCAAUACAAUCCCGAGUGGUUCGAGGACUCGGACGACGACGAAGAGGAGGACUGGGACCUGGAGAAGUACAGGAAGCAGAAGGAGGAGGAGGACCUGGAGGAGGAGGAGCGGAGGCUCCGGGAGCUUGGGCUGCAAGACGGGGGUGGCGAAGCGGACGGAAGUGGAGGAGGUCGGGAGUGA